AGGAAGAAAAGUCCAAAAUCAGAUGUUUAUGGACUCAAUUAAAUUUUAUCCAAGGUUUAAUUGAAUUUAUAGAGGGUUUGAUUGCAAGAAAAUUGAUUUUUGUAAGUCAAUUUAGGCUUUUAUCGGAAGAAAUUAAAGUUCUGGGGUCCAAUUGUAAUUUUAAAGAGUUGAUUUGGUCAAAUCAGGGGCUUAAUUGCAUAAUUAUUGAAGUUUGAUGGACAAUUAGGGACUUAAUUGAAACAAUUCGAGACCAAGGAUCAAACCAGAAAAGGCGCUAACAUUAAGGGACCCAAUUACAAUUUUGUCGGGGGGUUUGAUUAUAAAACAGCGAAAACUUCAAGAGCCAAAUUAGAAGAACCCAAACGGCGCCGUUUCCACCAUUAAUGGUCUUCAAACAGCUGUGAAUCGGUGACAAUAAUGGAAGGAGACGUUAGCAACGAUUAUGGAAUUAUUCUCGAAUCAAUGGGGCGGGUAUCGCGGCUGACAUCCCUCGUCACCGUGAUGAACGCCGGCUUACCAAAAUUGCUGGCGUCCUCUGGCUAUAAAAGCCAGAGGAAGAGCUGCAACAAGGGAGGGAAAAAAAGGAGAAGGAGGGGGAGAAGGACCCGAUGAAAAAAAAAAAAAAAACAGAGGGAGAGGGGAAUGUAAGGAAGAGAGAAACAGAGGAAGGAAGAGCAUAAGAAAGUAAAAAAGGCAGCAAGAGAAGAGAGCAGAAGGAGGAGGAUAGAGGAGAGCAGACGGGCAAAGAAAGAAAAAGGGAAAGAGAGAGAGACGUGAGUUGAACAAAAAACAGAGGAACGCAUAGCAACCCGAAACAGCGAACGCAGAUAGCAGAAGAGAUCAGCACCACCAUCUUCUUCAUCUCUCCAGCACCUGGAAAUUUCCGUUGUGGAGCAAAAAUCAAAAUGCAAGGGUUACGACUAUGUGUCAACCCUAGAAGGGCAAACUCAUCAUAUAGGAACAUACUCAUACAUUUAUUAUACAAGUUGCCAGGUUGAAACAUAGGUCCCCCAUCCAAGAUUUCCUACACCUGAAAGAUGGAUAAUGAAGAAAGAGCUCAAUUGGAGGCCCAUUAUCAAAAUGAAAUUGAGAGCAUCAAAGGUGAAGUUGCUAGACUUACAGAUCUGCUUGAACAAGUGCUGAGCUCCAAAAAUGAAAAGGGGAUUUUUGCACAACCUCCUGUGAAAACACCAUCAAUCCACGUCCCAGGGACAUCUCAAAACUUGGGGGCAGAUUCAAGAGCAGAACAACAUUUUAUGCCUAUCGCCCCUAUCCCAUCAAGUCAAGCUCCCAUCACCGUGGAUUUAACAAUAGAUGGACCCCCUGGCAAUAGAUCCACUGAUUUUGUGAACUACGACAAGUUGUCUGCUUUGGAAGAAAGAUUAAGAGCAGUUGAGGGUAAUGAUUGGUUUGAUCCCAUGCGAGCAGCUGAAGUGUGUUUGGUACUAAAGAACUUUAGGAUACCAGAGUUCAUCAGAUACACUGGAUUGGAAUGUCCAAACACUCACCUUCGAUCUUACUGCAAUAAAAUGGCUGAGGUGAUUUAUGAUGAUAAGCUGUUGAUCUAUUUUUUCCAAGAUAGUCUAACGGGAUCUGCCCUAAGCUGGUAUAUGAGGUUGGACAAUGCUAAAGUUAAGAAAUGGAAAGAUUUGGUGGAGGCUUUUCUUAAGCAGUACAAGUUCAAUCUUGAAAUUGCUCCUGACAGAACCAUCCUAAUGUCUAUGGAGAAGGAAAACCAAGAGUCUGUGAGGGCAUAUGCUCAAAGAUGGCGAGAUAAGGCAACAUAUGUUCAACCUCCACUGAUAGAUACAGAAAUGGUGAUGUUGUUUGCCAACACAUUUCAAUCCCCUUAUUAUGCGCAUUUAAUAGGAAGAUCGGCUCAACAUUUCCAUGAAGUUGUGAGGAUUGCUGAAAGAAUUGAACAAGCUAUAAAGAGGGGAAAAAUUGAAGGUUCUGUCAUGGAUUCCAGAACAAUGAUGAGAGAUGACUCUGGAGGUGGAUGAGCAAGAGGCAAGUUGAGUUUGUGAAAGGUGAUGUCAUUGGCUAUAUUGUCCCACGAACAUCUUCAGAAUGACAAGUGAUUGAAAAUGCUUGCUAAGAAAGCUGGUCCAAGAAUGGCGAUGAAUUGUCAAUUAUAUUGUUAUGGAAUUUUGUCAUUUUGCAUUUUGUUUUGGGAUCACAUCUCAUUCUUUAACGAAACAUGUCUUUUAUUUGUCUCUUUGUUAUUCUGAAGUCAGGAGAUGUUUAGCAUUUCAUUUUUGACAAAAUAUUUUGAUCAAACUCCAACAUGCAAUUAAGGCUAAUCAAUCUUGAAAGAUUAAAAGUAUUUUGAUUUCAGAAAUGACUCGAGGAUUGGGGUGACCAAAAAAAUUUUGAGCUCACACAUGAAACUGAAUCACCCACCAUGUAGCUAAGUUUUAGCAGUAUGCAUAAUGACAUGUAAUGGAUUCAGUAGUUAUGGACUCACGAAUCAAGGUUCUUGCAAGUCGAAAUCAUUACAUUGGACGAGGACAAAAUUUAUCGGUUCACACCAACCUUGCUUGAAACGAGAAAAGGCCAUCUUUGUUUUAUCCUUUCACAAUACUUGAAAUAUAUCAUUUGCAAUCCCAUUUUGAGCCUGAUAGAAUAUUCUUUUCAAAAGAAACCCUGACGAGGAUCACACCCCACACUGGCGGCAAAUAAGAGAAGACAAAAGUGAAAGGGAAGGCUUAGAACAAAAGUCCAACAUUUGAGAGAGAGCUAAAAGAAAGAAGACCUAGACUGGGGGCAUGUAAAAAAAAAAAAAACU